UCAACGGAUUCAACCAGAAGUGCAAAUUAAAUUCUGUAAACGCGAGGAAAUGGAUUCCGACUCGGAAGAUUUGGAAGAGGAUUCCUCGAACGAAAGCAUGCUGGACGUAAUCGAACGGGCGAACGCAUUUCUGGGAGCAGCAUACUCUUCCUCGGAGUGGUCUUUCCGAUCGUCAGCCGGUGAACCUUCCACCUCGUACGGUUCCAGAUCGACCAGUGGUGGGCUCAGUCGUCUUGAUAGUGAUUGUGUUAUACUGGAAGCAUUCUCCAAUGCCUCCUCCACCGUUGAUGUGCGCUGCUUUCCUCCGAACGAUGUAUCCCUGCAAUUGGGAAGCCGACGGCGCCGGGCAGAUGGUAUCCCCGUGGUGGAAUCCGUCAGUCUCGAUGAUACGGUGAACGAUCUGGAAGUUAAUCUGGCACCGUCACCACCGCGGAAGCCAACGGACAACUCACCGGUGGCACCACCACCACCCGUUCCCGUUUCAUGUCCAAUAUGCUUUGACUCCGUAUUCGAACAGCAGGCUGCCUCUACCGUUUGUGGACACAUGUUUUGCCAUUCGUGCAUUACGAAGGAAGUUGAAAUCCGUCACAAAUGUCCGAUGUGCCAACGGCCGCUUAACUCAUCACAAGUUAUACCGAUCUAUGUAAACUGAAUAUUCCGAGGAACAUUCGUUGUCGUUCGAAGGUGGGGGCCGUACCCAGCAUGAAGUCCUGAUCAACUACUGUA